AUGCACAACGAAGAACUGUUCCGAGGAAAGCUCGCCGUCGCGGAAACAUACCCGGCGUCACUGCUCCACGAAGACGAGCGACGGAUAGCCAUCCGGGCACGUCGAGAGCACUACGAGGCGAACAAGGACAAGAUAUUUGACACGCAGUUUUUGGGCGUUGAGGCGCCGCUGAUCAUCAUAGACUUCAAAGACGGUGAUGCUUCCCCGGUGCAGGAGGGUUCGAAGGGGACAACGCUACACACGAUUCGCAAUAUAGCGGGGCUGAGAAGGAAGCUAUCAUUACCGACUCGGCCAGAUGCCGGGAAGGGAUCGCGGGCACUCGUGAGAGAUCCCGCGCUCCGAAUAGUGUUGUUGGAACGCCUUGCCCCGACGUCGUUGCUGCUACCUUUCGGCGAGGAGGUCCUGCUGGAACUCCUGACCUAUCACCAGAUACCCUCCUACUUUCUGAGCUUCCUCGCGAGCGGCGGCGAGUCAUGGGGCUUCGCGAGUAGCACGCACUUCUCGGGAUUCCGAGGCGCGACAAACCUUCUAUCACAGGACGACAGGAGUAUCGCGAGCCUAGGCCGCAGCGGCAAACAUGUACAGCUCUGCCUUACACUCCUCAGCACCAGACAGUAUCCCCUUUACAUGUUACCGAAGGGGGCGGACCCUGACAGAACGUCGCGGUGGGAGACGCACUCGGCGGCCUUAUAUCUGCACUUUGACAUCGUGGAGGGCACGGCAGUGUGGUUGAUCGCCAGCCCGAAGAGCUACCACCCAGUGAAAGGCGGGGGAAAGCGCAAUCUGCUUUGGGACACUUUGAAAGAGAACGCUGCAGGAAUGCUGGAAGAAGUACCUGAUUUGGAUGUUCCCGGGCGAUUUCGGGUCAGCUUGGACAGUCUUGUUGCCGUCGCUGAGUGGUCUAUCGGAGAGGAUUCGCUGCAUCUUCAGGAUCUCGAGACACGACUCUAUGACCUGACGAAAGAUUACUUGCAUCCCUUCGAUGAAGAUGACGACGAGCCUCCAGAGACGAUCCCCGAGCAGGGCCUACGUGACAUGGCGCACCUGAUGGAGCAGCGUCAUAAGAGCGCCAUGGCAAUCGACAACAACCUUCGAGUCCUCCGCCGUCUUCAAAAGUUCAUUGUAGAGCAAGUAUCCGGGAGCCUGGAAACAUUGGAUCUCCGCCACGCAGAGAGAAUGCGAAUACACAUCAAAGACUUCGGGGUCAGCUUGUCGUCCGUGAUAGAGGAGAUGGCAGAUCUAGCCGAGAGGGCGCAGGCUCUCGAUCAGCUCGCUGAACACCGAGAAGAAUACAUUCAACGAAUGCAGACGCACCAUGCGAACCAGCAGAUGAGGUCCAUCGCAGAGCUGACGGCUGAUGACUCGUCUGCGAUGAAGCAGCUGUCCUUUAUCGCAUUGAUCCUGCUACCGGUUACUGUGGUAUCGACCGUCCUGAGUACGGACAUUGUAAAGUUUCAAGAUCUUUCGAACGAAAACGAGGACUCUGGCGCUGGUACGGCCGGCGGUGGGCCUCCCGAGGCGCCCGUACCGGUCUACAGCUUCUCGGUGGCGGCGUUCGGCACCUGGGCCGUCGCGAGCGUAGUCAUGACCGUCGUCACCCUUGCCAUCGUGAAGCCGGUGGGCGGGAGGCGGAGCAGAGGCGGUGGUGGCAAAAGUCCGAACAGUCAUGGAAGCUUCCGGUUCUCUCGAUUGCAGAAGGAAUUCUCGAAGCCGCGGAAGCUUCGCGGCGCAAUUCACUCGGCCGACGAGGAGGAACGCAUGGCAUCCGAACCAAGUCCGGCCGCGCGGUCGAUUCAUACGGCGCCGAUGGUGACCAAGACGGCAUCACACCCAACAGAAACCCCGGAAGUGGGUGUAGGUGUUCCCGUGCAAGCCGGGGCCUCUCAAAAGGUGACGUGGGUGGAACGGUGGCUCAAGGCGGUUUGGGUGAGCCUGUGGCGACGGGGGAGGACCAUGGAGCAGGCGUCGGCGGCGGUGAGUGGUUUACCCCGAUAA